AUGGCCACCUUUCAUGAUUAUACUGUCAAGGCAGAAUGUUUGGAGCCAUCAUCACUGACUUUUGCCCUACAGGCCUUGCUCCACCGUCAUGAAAGCUAUAUGGCUGAAGCGGAAGAGGAUCGUCAUCGUUUGGUCGGCAGCAUUGAGGAUCUAGAACGUGAAAAGCAACAAGUUCAAGCAGAAAAUGCGCGCAUCAUCGAAGAGAAUCGCAGUUUAUUAGAGCAACUUGACAGUCUGAAUCAAGCGGUCACCGAGUCUGACAACCAUGUGAAGUCCCUAACAGUUACUUUGGAGAAAACCGAGUCAGAUUUGCGAAGAUUGACAGUGGCUGCAACGCGGGCCGUAGAGCUCGAGGCGCAACUAGCUCUCAUGGAGACGGAGCAGUCUAAGCUCCAAGAAAGUCUUAUGUCGGUGCAGGAAGACGAGAAAUCGGCCGUCCAACGGUGGAGAAAAGCAGAGAGCACGCUGCGAGACCUUCACGAUCAAGUCGACCGUAUCGAGAGAGAGGCACGCGAGGAGAGGGAUCGACAUACUGAGCUCGUCCAACGCAUGGAACGUAAGAGGGAUGUGGAGCGCGAGCUAGACAAUGCAGCGGGACGUCUCAAGGGUGCCGCCGCAGCCUCCGAACUCAACCGCAAUGCAGGUGGUACAAACGUUGUCUCUCGUUUCGUUAAGGACAUAUUGCAAGACAACGCCAAUCUGCAGGUUGGGAUUAUGGAGCUACGCGACAUGCUUCAAAGCUCGAAUGAAGAAGUGCAAAAUCUACGGGAACAGGUUAUCUCUCAUCAGCCCCUGGCCGGCGUCGAUGGUGACAAUACACAGCCAAGGCCUCCUCCCAUCACGCUGAGCGAGGAGCUACGAGCGAAGGAAGAACGACGCGUCUCUCAGGAAUUGCACAUCCAUCAUCAUUUCCACACACCAACUCCAGCCCCAACUACGAAGAAGGAAAAAAGCACGCUCAACCGUCGCGUGAAGAAACGCCGCGCCGCUAUGGGAAGCCCGGCAGUGCUGCAUUCUGCGACGCGGGCCAACUCGCCUCGAAGAGCCAUUCAUCGCUCCCAGUCAUCUGGGUCCUCUAUGUCAACCAUUCUAUCGCAAACCUCUGUCUCCAUCCCACCCUAUUCAUCCUCCCGCCGCUGGUCCUCAAACUCGCGUGCUGGGGAUUCGCUGGCAAGCUCUCCUCGGUCCACGUUCCGGACGUCAUCGAUAUUUGAUCGUGUUGAACGUGGCCCUGAUUUCUCACAGUCUACCAGCCCUGAUAGCACCGUGUUCUCUUCCCCUUUGAUGCAGACACGGAACCUGAAGGGUCUUGAUAUGCCAUACCGCCCAGUCGGUGGCUUUGAUAAUCACGAUGCACCCGACGAUCUAUCUGCAUUUGAUAAUGAUUUCUACAGUCGCCAAGACUUCUUUAACACGGGGGAUAAUCUCAUAAGAGAGCCGGCUAUCCCCGAGGAGUCCGAACCAUCUCCACCAAUGUCAUACUUCUCGCCUAUGGGUGAACCACUGACGACCACUGAUGAAAUUUUUACUAUGCAUGUACAGCCAUCUUCCUUGCGCAGAUCUUCUUCCCAUGACAGCUUGCUCUCCAUCUCCGUUGCUGGGAUGGACAUUCAUACACCCACAAGUCGCCACAAGCGAAUGGGAGACUGGCAUCCCGGCAUGCGGAUCCCUCGGCGCAUUUUGUCACCCAGUGUCGAACUAGUGUUAACACCCCCGGUAAUCUCAACUCCGGCCGUCACAGCCGAUCGUGCAAAGAGCUCAGAGUAUACAUCCCAGUCAUUGCUUGCUUCCAUGGCUGCGGGAAACAGCACGAAGUCCGACACGGCAUCCGUUGUAUCCACCGACAGCACCAGCACCCACUCAACCGCACUUCAUGGGCCCGACAAAGUUAAGUUCGGUCGCCGCGUGGGAGGCUGGGUCCUAGGCCGUUGGGGCAUGGCACCGGUCUCAUCUGAGAGUGACUCGCAAGAUCCGACAGACUCAUCGAACACGUCUGUGACAUCGUCUUCUGCGUUUGAGCCCAAACCUCGUGACCCGCUAGCUCACCGCUUCAGAUUCCCAGGUGUGAAUCAGAAGGGCCCGAUAAUGGGCUUGCGCCCUCCACCUGCUGCUCCAAUCUCUAUUCAUGCAGAAAGCAUAGACGAGAAUCUGCUGCGAGAGAGUCUAGCUGAAGAGAAUAGCUAG